GAGAGAGAGGGAGAGAGCGUGAGAGCGUGAGAGAAAGGGAGAGAGAGCAACUCAAGUAAUACCGCUGAAGACCACGCGCUACAGCAGACGGACGACAUGUCUCAAGGAUACAGGUGCGCGUGGAUACGUCCCAGGUGUCGCGCUCUCAUAUCAUGUUUGGGAUAAACCUGGAAGCACCGACAGAGAGCAGAUAAUAUGCCUGCACAGUUGGCACCGCUCACGCGAUGUGGCACAAUAUGGCACGCGUAAAGAUGGGUCUCUUCGCUCUCCUGUGUCUCCCCACGUGUUUCUUUGGCGUCCUCGUGCUCUCCCACAGCAGCAGCAUCUAUGAGCGCUCGGUGGUCCCGCGCGCCGUGUCGCGCUCCGUGGCUCGCAUGGACGGAGACGUGAUAAUCGGCGCGCUCUUCUCCGUCCACCACCAGCCUUCUGCCGAGAAGGUGGCCGAGCGGAAGUGCGGGGACGUCCGCGAGCAGUACGGCAUCCAAAGGGUGGAGGCCAUGUUCCACACGCUGGACCGGAUCAACGCCGACCCCGAGCUGCUCCCCAACAUCAGCCUUGGCUGCGAGAUCCGGGACUCCUGCUGGCACUCCUCCGUGGCCCUGGAGCAGAGUAUCGAGUUCAUCCGAGACUCCCUCAUCUCCAUCCGUGACGACAAGGACGGGUCCAAGUGGUGCAUAGACGGCACCCCGUCCAAUCAGCCACCACCCUCCAAGAAACCCAUCGCUGGAGUGAUCGGGCCCGGAUCCAGCUCUGUGGCUAUUCAGGUGCAAAACCUAUUGCAGCUGUUCAACAUCCCCCAGAUUGCCUACUCCGCCACCAGCAUCGACCUGAGUGACAAGACUUUGUUCAAGUACUUCCUGAGGGUCGUGCCUUCUGACACCCUGCAAGCACGGGCUAUGCUGGACAUUGUCAAGCGUUACAACUGGACAUAUGUGUCUGCAGUGCACACGGAGGGUAACUAUGGGGAGAGCGGCAUGGAGGCCUUCAAGGAGCUGGCCUCUCAAGAAGGCUUGUGCAUCGCCCACUCUGACAAGAUCUACAGUAACGCUGGGGAGAAACACUUCGAUCGCCUGUUGAGGAAAUUACGGGAACGUCUACCCAAAGCUCGAGUGGUGGUGUGCUUUUGCGAGGGCAUGACCGUCCGGGGCCUCCUGAUGGCCAUGAGGCGCCUGGGGGUGUAUGGAGAGUUUCUCCUGGUUGGCAGCGAUGGAUGGGCCGACCGCUACGAGGUCGUGGAGGGUUAUGAGCAGGAAGCAGAUGGUGGAAUCACCAUGAAGCUGCAGUCAGACAUAGUCAAGACUUUUGAUGACUACUACCUGAAGCUGCGUCUGGACACCAACACCAGAAACCCCUGGUUCCCCGAGUUCUGGCAGUACCGUUUCCAGUGCCGCCUCUCGGGCCAUCCGCAGGAGAACAAGAACUACAAAAAAGUCUGCACCGGUGAUCACGAUCUUCAAGGUGGAAACGAGAGUCUGCAUGAAAACUACAUGCAGGACAGUAAGAUGGGCUUUGUCAUCAACGCCAUCUAUGCCAUGGCUCACGGGCUCCAUGACAUGCACAAGGAGCUGUGUCCAGGACAGACGGGGCUCUGCGAAGCCAUGGAUCCUAUCGACGGCAGCAAGCUGCUGGACUACCUGCUCAAGACGUCCUUCAGAGGAGUCUCAGGGGAGGAGAUUUACUUUGAUGAAAACGGAGACACCCCGGGCAGGUAUGACAUCAUGAAUCUGCAGAGCGUGGGCGAGGACCGCCACGACUACAUAAAUGUGGGGUCCUGGCACGAGGGCAUCUUGUACAUGGACGACUACAAGCUCUGGUUGAACAGCAGUGAAGCCGUUCGCUCGGUCUGCAGUGACCCCUGCUCCAAGGGCCAGAUAAAGGUGAUUCGGAAGGGCGAGGUGAGCUGCUGCUGGAUCUGCACCACGUGCAAGGACAACGAGUACGUCCAGGAUGAAUUUACCUGCAAGGCGUGUGAGCUGGGAUGGUGGCCUGAUGAUGAGCUGGAAGGCUGCCAGCCGCUGCCUUUGAAGUAUCUCGACUGGGCAGAUGUGGAGUCCAUAGUGGCCGUGGCGUUCUCCUGCGUGGGCAUCCUCAUCACCUCCUUCGUCACCUUUAUCUUCAUCCAGUACCGCGACACGCCUGUGGUCAAAUCAUCCAGCAGAGAGCUCUGCUACAUCAUCUUGGCAGGCAUCUUCCUGGGCUACAUCUGUCCGUUCACCCUGAUCGCCCGGCCCACGGUGGCCUCCUGCUACCUGCAGCGGCUCCUGGUGGGCCUCUCGUCCGCCAUGUGCUACUCGGCGCUGGUGACCAAAACCAACCGCAUCGCCCGCAUCCUGGCCGGCAGCAAGAAGAAGAUCUGCACCAAGAAGCCUCGCUUCAUGAGCGCCUGGGCCCAGGUGGUCAUCGCGUUCAUGCUCAUCAGCGUGCAGCUGACUCUGGAGAUCACGCUCAUCAUCCUGGAGCCUCCCGAGCCCAUCAAGUCGUACCCGAGCAUACGCGAGGUCUACCUCAUUUGCAACACCAGCAACGUGGGCAUGGUGGCGCCGCUGGGAUACAACGGCCUCCUGAUCAUGAGCUGCACCUACUAUGCCUUCAAGACGCGCAACGUCCCUGCCAACUUCAACGAGGCCAAAUACAUUGCCUUCACCAUGUACACUACCUGCAUCAUCUGGUUGGCCUUCGUGCCGAUCUACUUCGGCUCCAACUACAAGAUCAUAACCACGUCCUUCUCCGUCAGCCUGAGUGUGACGGUGGCGCUGGGCUGCAUGUUCACACCCAAGAUGUACAUUAUCAUUGCCAAACCGGAGAGGAACGUCCGAAGCGCCUUCACCACGUCGGAUGUGGUGCGGAUGCACGUCGGGGACGGGAAGUCGGCCCAGUGCGGGAGCAACAACAUCUUCAACAUGUUCCGCCGGAAGAAGGCCGUGUCUGGCAACCCCAAUUCUAAUGGCAAGUCUGUGUCAUGGUCUGAAUCAGGUCCAAGACACCCUCCGAGGGGGGGGAAUGUGUGGCACAGACUGUCUGUGCAUGUGAGGAAACAGGAAGCCGGCUUGAAUCAGACGGCGGUCAUCAGGCCCCUAACUAACACCCCCGACCCCCACAGUUGUGAGCCCUCCACCUGCGACCUUGGCACAGACCCCCAUCUCCCCCAAGAACCGGCCGGCACUAAGCCCCUGUACAACCUGGAGGAGGAAGACGACGAGGGCGACUCGCAGCGCCCCCUCUGGACUUGCUCCGAGCGGAUGCAGGGGACGGAUUCUGACCUAUCUGAGCCGGCUUCUUACUUGCCCUCGCAUUUGGCGGGCCACACCGCGGAGCGCCCGCAGGGGGCUGUGGUGGACACACACAGCUCCCACGUCCCCGCGCCGAACGACCACACUGCCAAGGAGGCAACCCCUGCCAACGAGCCUUUGAGCUUGACCCCCUCUCUGCUUCCUACGACGGCCCCGCGAGCUGGAGCAUUUGAGGAGGAGGGGCCGGCGGACGAGGAGCUGGACCUCUUACACAGCUACAUUUACGACGCCAAGGACGAGGGGGAGGGUGAGGACGGGGAAGGCGAGGAUUUAACUCAAAACAAGGCCACUCUGGAGGAUACCCUCGCCCUGUCUCCCCCCUCCCCCUUCAGAGACUCUGUGUGUUCGGGGGAGUCCGACACCGGGUCCCCCAUCAUCGAGUCCCUCCUCGGUAGCCCCCCGAGCUUGGUCUACACCUCAAACAUCCUCCAAGACUACGCACACAGCUCCUCAACACUGUGAGAGCAAAAACAAGAAAAAAAAAAAAAGAAAAAAAAAAGGAAGCUGUCAGCAGCAGACUUGAGCAUCGCACACAUUUCCACACAAACACAAAUAUAUUUUCAAGUUUUUAACUUUCUUUCUUUUUUGGCUCGUUAAUUUGCUCGCUUGUAUUUACUACUCGGCUUUUAUCAGUAAGUGGUUAAUAUGAAACUCUUAAGUAGAAAUACACCAGGAACUAACUACGAGUGCUUACUUUUCUGAAGGGCUGCCAGUAAGUACACAAAGCCUUUCUGUAAAAUGUCAAACUGGGAUCAGUGCCAAAACUCAUCAGCUCUCAUGCCAAAUCUGGAUGAAUGAAGCAACACUGAGGAUCAUCAUAAAACAUGUAGCCGUGGUUCUAAAGGGUCAGCUAGAAGAAGAAAAAAAAAGAAAAGAGGGGAAAGCUAAACUAUAUGUAUAUAGUGUGUGUGCCAAUUAGACCCAUCCACAGACCAAACGCAGAGACUGAAGUCGCUCCAGCUCAUUUCGCGCCGGCUCUGAUUAGCUCUCCUCUCUCCCGCGCCGCGCUCACAGGUGUAGCAGUCGCAGCUGCACCGACAAACGAUUUGCUUUCCGCCUUUUUAGUUAAUUAAUUCGCCUUUCUCUCAUCAGACUUCAUUUCAAUUUAAAUAUCGCAAAUUAACGAGAGCAGUGUGCGAAUAUUACGUGUGCCGCGGGGUGUGCUUUUCACAAAAAAAUGCUAGAGAUUCUGCUGAAAAACUUGCGCUGUAUGAUAUGUGAUAUGGAUAUAAUGUGCCAAUCAGAGUUGUUCUCAGCCAACAUCCCUGCUUUCAGUUUUUUUAUUUAUUUUUUUUAUUUAACCAUGUAGCCGAUACAGGCAAUAGCGUGAUUGUAGACGAUGGUUGUUUAUUCAGUUUACACUCGAUCAUGACCCCAAGAGCAAGUUCUCUGUGCAUGGGAUGUGAUUAAAAGAAACUUCUUUCUUUUCUUUUUUUUUUUGCUUUCCAUGCUGUGUUGAUAUUUCUCACGAGUUGUGCUGUGUCAUUGUAAUGGAAAAACACAGUACGAGUUGUACAAGUUCUCAAAGUUUGUAAUACUGUUAAGCCAUCUCUUGUUUUUCACACAGGUGGUAUGUUUGUAAUACUGAUAAAUGUCUAUAUUUAGAAUGUCAACUGAAAAAAAAAAAGGAGUUUAUACAUUUUGAAACUGUCCUCAGAUACUCGACAAGGAGCAGCUGUGUGUUUGGUUUUUGGGUAACUUUUAUGCUAACUUGACUCAACUGUAUCCUCAUUUGGUUGUAAAAAAAAGAAAAAAGAAAAAAAAAGGUAACCAAUGAUUAGUUGCUUCUUGUAAUGAGAUUAUAUACAUGUUUUGCUUAAAUCUUUGCAUUAUAAACUUAAGUAGUUUACUUGAGGUUAAGUUUCUUAGUUUAUUUAUAAGAAUGCGAAUCAUUUCCGAGUACAAGACUACACCGUACGUAGUGCAGUGGUAUUGUAUUUCCAAAUGUUUUUAAGUCUAUUAUAGUGUAAGUUGUUAACGGAUUUUAACCAAUGUACAAUAUACGAGGUGCCACCUGUUCAACACUGUCCAGUAUAGAAUGAAAUAGGCCUUUAUGUUUUGGGUGAGCUGAACAUGAACAAUGCUGUAAAAUAAAAACAAAAGUAUUUCUAUUAAGAAGACUGAUUACUGCCUACAGUAAAAAAAACAAAACAAAACAAAAACAAACAAACAAAAAACAUGCCAAGCUUAACGUAGUUUACGUCAAUGCUAUCCAAAUGACGUCAGAGCAAAAGUUUAAAGGGUCGAUCUCCAAGGUCUGUUUUGUUGUCUUUGGCGCCACCCGUGGCAGUACGUGGUAACUGCAGAUUUAGAUGGAGAAUAUUUUGUCAACCCGACUGAAAUCAUUCUGAUUAGCGACUCCAACGUAACUGUUUAAACCAAACGAUUUGAUGGGAUGUAUCCAUUAGUAUGGCGAAAAACAGUAACAAACUAGAACUGACUGGGCAUGCGCAGAGUUGUUCUGUUCACUGUGGAGCCUCAAAUCUGCUAGAAAUAUAACAGUAGACCUACAAUGACAGAAAUGAAAUUAAAGCUUUUUCGAGUCAGCUUUGGCUGUCUCUUCAAACACUUAUUUGAUUUUGCCAUCUCCAUGCUACCGUCCCUUCUGGAAAUUCAUCACUUCUCAGAUGUUGUGAAAACGAAACAGACAGAAUUAGUCCAACCGCAAAGACCGGAUCAAGUGUUUACAUGGUUUUCAAGUGCAAAUAUUUUCCUACCGAAUAGAUUAUCAAAGAGUUACACCACCCCUCUCAAUCUGAUUUAAAAAAAAAAAAAAAAAAAAGCCUCCUGAAUGGGCCAGUCUGUUCCAAGUGGUUACACAAUGUUAUUAUUAUUAGCAGAAUACCAGUGACCAUGUAAACACAACAAUCGUCCAAGUCUGGCAGAAAGAUAAGUGAUGGGACGUCUCCACAGACAGUUUGGAGUAACUUAAAUGCAGUGACUUUCAUAUAACUUCAGCCAGCUGUUUAUUUAAAUGAAAAUAUUUGAGAUUGGCACUUUAAACGUGUGUUUUUGCUGUUUCACCUGUGUUUUUCUUCGUCUUCUUCUUCUAAUAAUAAUAAUAAUUUAAACGACUGUU